GUAAUUUGGGAUUGGACCGGCCGUUGAAAAGCCUCUCAGCAGAGUCAAUCACUUCAGAAGUCUGGACAAAUGUAGUGUGGAAUCUGCAGCGAGGAAUCGUGAAGCACUUAGGAGCCGGCAGCUUUGAAGGGCUUGCCAGGCGCGUGGCGGGCCGCGACCCACUGUUUAAAUACAAACGGUCGGCGCGAGGGGUGCGCCUCAGUGCAGGCGUCGGGCCACAGAGACGCGUUGCUGGAGGCUGGUAUCCACGGGCUACCUCUGGUCGCGUAUGCUACCUCCCCCUGUCCCUGCUGUGUGGGGCCCGAGGCCUUCGAGGCCCACUUGUUUGCUUGGCGGCUGCUGAGGAGGCUGGCGAGGCUGCGCCCCAGGUUAAGCCGGGGAAGCCUCUCUCCUGCUGCCCUUAGCGAAACCACCGGCGGGAGCGCAUGACCAGAUCCAACCUGUACUUGUAUCUUACUCUUCAAAAUAUUUAUUCUGCUGGUACUGAAGAGGAUGUGUUCCAAGGACAUACUUUGUUGUCAGAAAUUCCAUUUUCAGAGGUAGAAAUAAUAUGAGACAUUGAUAUGUUCCAGGACUUCAGAGAAAGGAAAGAUACAAAAUGUUUAAAAAAAAAAAAAAAGCAAAAUGACAUGUAGUAGAAAAAUGGAAUAUACAUCUAGAAGAAUUAAAGGAAGUCUUCGGGAAGAGAUAUAAUUUAUAUUAAGGUUAUAGAAUGUCUUAGAAGGAGCUUCAUUUCCAGAGGAUUCAUUAUUCAAGGUGAAAAAUUAGAUCAUUUCAAAAGUUGGAGCUGAAUAUACUGUUAAAUAAUGGCAACCGGUGACUUAAAAAGAAGCUUACGGAACCUAGAACAAGUGCUUCGCUCGCUAAAUUAUCCUAAAGAGGUGGAUUGUGUAGGUUUGGUAAAGGGAGAUACAGCUGCAUCUUUGCCCAUCAUCAGCUAUUCCUUUACCUCAUAUUCACCUUAUGUAGCAGAACUACUGGUGGAAUCCAAUAUAGAGCUCAUAGCGAAGAAUGACUUGCGCUUUAUAGAUACUGUCUACAAGCUUCUUCGUGAUCAAUUUAAUUAUAAACCAAUCUUGACAAAAAAGCAGUUUCUCCAAUGCGGGUUUGCAGAAUGGAAAAUCCAAAUUAUUUGUGAUAUUUUGAAUUGUGUGAUGAAAAAGCACAAGGAAUUGAGUAGUUUUGAGAAGAUUCCAUCACAACAAAGAAAGAAAAUCAGUUCUGUUAAGUCAGAAUCUUCCUCAAGCACUGAGAAGACAUCUACAGAAUCUGUUGGCAUUGAUAUCACUGGCAGGUUUAUGACUUCGGGAAAGACAAAAGCUGUGGUGAUCCGUCACCUGUAUAAUGAAGAUGGUGUUAACAUUCCUGAAGAUAUGAUAAGUACAGUAACAGAUGUUAGUGAAGCAUUUGAUGUGUGUGACUUAAAGACUACUGAAAUAAAGAUUCCUGAAGUAAAAUUCCCUGAAAUCAAGUCUGAACAACAAGAUAUGAAAAUUAAUCCUGAGAUUACUGCACUACAGACUAUGCUUGCUGAAUGCCAGGAAAAACUUAAGAAACUGACUUUGAUAGAGAGUAGAUUAGACUCUUUGGAAGAAAAAAUGAAAGGAAAAGUGAUGGUAAAUGAAAAAACCUGGGCUAAUCUUCUAAGUCGUGUCACUCUUCUUGAAACAGAAAUGCUUUUGUCUAAAAAGAAUGAUGAAUAUAUAAACCUUAGUCAAGUGAAUGAAGACUAUGAAUCCAGUAAUGACAUGGAUAUUCUGAAUUCUGAUAGGAAAGGCAAAGAGGAGCAGCAAACAAGUGUUCCUCUGUCCUCUGGUUAUAGUACAGUGUCAUCAAAUUCAACUCCCACAACCUUGACGGCUUAUUAUUGCGGUUUGAAAACGAAUACAGAGGAAACAACAAUCCAGAAAAUGGAAAGGAUGAAAAAAAUGUUUGAAGAAACUGCAGAGUUACUGAAAUGUCCAAAUCACUAAUUAUAGAAUUUUCUGCAUGAACUUCACUAGGACUUUGGCUACUGUACACAUUGUAUAUUUUAAGAAUUCUCUAUAAAUUUUAAUAUGCUGCAAUAUUUUUUAUGAAGAAUUUGAAUUCCAUUUGAUAUAUGAGGUUUUUUUCAGUAUUGAAUAAAUACUUAAAUAUUUUUAUGCUA